GUGACACAGACUCUUCAGUGGGCUGAGAUGUGACCCAUUUCCUUUAAGAUGUAAAGGAAAGCAAGCAAUAGUAUGGAUGAUGAGAGCCAGCUCCUUUGUCUACUGUCUCAGCUAUCGCACAUGAUGAUACUGUAAUCGAGUUUUACUGGAUAAUUACAUAUGAAAUAGCUGAACGUAUUUCACUACUCAGGCCCGUUAAAUGACGUCGCCAAAACAGAGCGUGCAUUGAACGUGGCCCGGAAGUUGCUAUUGUUUGUGAGGGUACAUUUAACCGGAGUAAAUAACCUAAACGAAGGCGUUGACGUACUUGUGUAAAAUCGAGAUGUUUUGAAAAUUCWAUCGGAUAAUAUAGUUAGCUAACUGUGGCUAGCUGAAAUAGCUAAUUAGGUCAGUGUUGAUAUGCGUCUACUAGCAUAGAUAGCUAACGUUAGCUAAAUUGGGUUCUUAGCUUGCAACUAGCUUGCUUCUUCAGCUACCAAGCAACAUGCCUUCGUACAAAGCAGUGAGAAAGAGCAACCGCUUCUAUUAUUUCAUCAAAUUCACCUUAAAUAUCUACUCAAUGCUCUUCUCGCUCCUGGGCCUGUGUGUGCUGUGCGUGGGGGUGUACGCGGAGGUGGAACGCCAGAAUAACCGUACCCUGGAGGGGGUGUUCCUGGCCCCCGCUGUGGUGCUCAUCCUGCUGGGCCUGGUGAUGUUCACCGUCUCCCUGGUGGGCAUGGUGGGCUCCCUCAGGGACAACAAGACCCUGCUACACAUGUUCUUGUGUGUUCUGUGUGUCCUACUGUUCCUGCAAGUUGUGGCUCUCAUCGUUGCACUCAUCUUUGAGAAGAAGACAUCAGCCUUGUUCCAAAGUAGCAUACGAGAGGGAAUUAAACACUAUUACGAUGAUCUGGACUUCAAAAACAUCUUGGACUUUGUGCAACAGAAGUUCUCUUGUUGUGGUGGGGACGACUACAAGGACUGGGGUGUCAAUCAAUACCAUUUCUGCAAUGGCACCGGACCGCUGGCCUGUGGCGUUCCUUAUACAUGUUGUGUCCGCCACAAGGUGGGAGAGGUUGUCAACACUCUUUGUGGUUACAAGACUCUCAGCCAGCAGCGUGAGGUCCUAGAUGAGGUGAUUCAUGUGCGAGGCUGUAUCCAUGCUGUCAACCUGUGGAUGGGCGACAACGUGGGAGCAACUAUUGGGCUCUGCUGUGCCUUAGGUCUGCCACAGCUUAUGGGCAUCGUGCUGAGCUGUAUGUUCUGGAACCUGCUGGUGGAGAUGAAUGAGUCCAUGGACAUGGUGGACUUCAAGAUCCUCAAGAGGGCUGGCUUUGAGUACAGCGAGCUGGACCUGGCUGGUGCUGGCUGCUGCCUGUGUCUGCCCAGAGACGGAGGCUACCUCCCCCUGCCAGCUUUAGACCCCAUCUUGUCUGACCCUGACCUAAAGCCCAUCCCCAUCCGGGUCCAGCGACCCCUGCCCGUCCAGGUCCAUAGGCCCCUGGCCCAAUCCCUCCAAGACCUCAAGCUAUCUGGGCUUAGACUGGACGAGGUAGACAUUGGGCGGAAGCAGAAAAGAAGGGAAUAUUUAAUUUUAGAAUUUCUCUGAGUUGUUUUGUUGUUGUUUUGGUCUGUGUGUUUGUUGAAGGACAGGUUAGACCUGUUGCACUAUUUGGUGGUCAAACCAAUCAAUGGACAUUAAGUGACAGGAUCACAGGUUAUAAUGGCCAUGUUCCCCAGCUGGCUACAUUGCAUACGCACCCAGAUCUCAAUGGCUGGAUAGGUGUUUAACAUAUCAGCUAACCACAUUAUAUGAUAUAGCAAUCUGAUGCCUGACUGCGCAGUUGAUGACGUGGCACACAUCCAUUGGUUGAUGCAAUGCAUGCAGUUGGCCUGAAACCCGACCAGAGAUUGGCACUUUGGAAAGGCAUUAUUGGAGCAAUCGUUAUCCUGUUUUUUAAAUAAUUGUUAGUCUUUCAAAGAACAAGAUGCUGCAGUGGUUUUUAGACACUAAUUUAACAGUUGUUUUACUUUUUUCUAAAUGGAGCUUUCAAAUGAGCUGCGGUCUCUGCAUUAUUUUUGACCUUUCCUCAAAUUUGUUUGCAGGUAUUUUAUAAAUCUUUUAUUUUGAGCUGUGUCUCAUGUGCUAAAGCAUACCUCAGGCUGUAUUCAAAUGGCCCAAUAGUCAGAAGACAAUUCACAACAUGUUUAUUUACUAUACCGACUUGACAUUUUUUUUUGUUUGAGAUGAUCAUGCUAGUCAGAGCAGAGGAAUGGGAGUAGCCAAUCUUGUCUUGCUUCGAGGCAAUGUCUGUGAAGGAUGUGUAGCCUGUUUCUUUUUUGUAUGAACUCUUUGAUUCCGUUUCUACCGGUUUGUACA